CAGUAUUGUACUGCCCUUUCAUUAGUUUAACGUUUAACCUGCUGGCGGCCAGUGAUUCUGCCUUUGUGACCAGUACAGACCAAGAUGAGCCUGACUCAUCAUGGUCUGCACUGUUCGCUAUUCAGUUAGUAAAUUUUCAGUGAACACCCCUUCGAAUAAUAAGUGUUACUGCCAAGAUUGAAUGACAGACCAGUCCAUUUUAAAAAUUUAGCAGGUAAAGGAUUAAAGAUAAAUUGCAGAUGAAGAUGUGUGUGUUUAUGUUUGUAUAUUAUAGGCAUGCACAAGCAUUAGCAGCAAUCAAACCAUUUGCCCACUGGCUGUCACAGUUCUACGCUGAGUCGCAGAACUAUCCAGAUCAGAGACAGAAAUUUACCGACCUAAUUACAACAUUGCUGGAUGCUAUCACCUGUCUGUUUGAGGAACAGAUUCCAGAUAAGAUAGCACACUCUGCUGCACACUUGCUACUGUCGUUAGAGACCACUGUUGGACCUAAAUUCCUACUUCAGAUACGAUGUGCAAAAACUCUACAACUCCGGAAGCCAGGCCAGUUAUGUCAUUGCUUUCUGUAUCAGGUACAGGUAUUGUUGUACAGAUUUCUUAGUCUGCACUUGCUGUUACCAUGGAACAAUGUUCCUGAUUCAGAACAAGACUGGAGUAAUCUAGCAAGCACACACCAGAGUUUCUGCCACCAGAUGGCAGCACCAUAUUUCCAUUUGAAAGAUAUAUCUUCUUUGAUAAACAACAAGACUGCACAAGAUGCAGCCAAAUUGGUGAUCAGUAACAGUUUGAAGCUGAUGAUAGACUGGAUCGAGUGUGUGUCAGGAGAGGUGGUGAAAACAAAACAGAUCUGUUACCAGUCUAUGUCAGAGAUUGUCAGUAUCAGCCUGGCUGUUUUUCCUGUCUUUAUUCACCAACCAGGUAUAAGGAAGCACUGACGUCCCUGGUACGACAUAUCCUACAGAAACUCCAAUUUAAAUACAAUCAAACACAGCUGGAGGAACUUGAUGAUGAAACAUUG